AUGGGUGCUCUGGUCCAACCAGCACUCUUGAUGCUUUUAUGGCACAGUGUUUGGCCUUUGGACAUCCCUCUGGAAAUCCGACAACCCCCAAGCAUCAUCAAGCAGUCGAUGAAGGAGCAUAUUGUUGACCCCAAAGACACCAUGGUCAUUGAGUGCGAGGCCAAGGGAAACCCUCACCCUAUUUUCUCGUGGAGACGCAACGGGAAAUAUUUCAACGUGGCGCGUGAUCCGCACACAUCUAUGCGCAGGCGUUCGGGGACACUGGACAUCUACGCCCGCAACAAUCCCGAGGUGUAUGAGGCAGAAUAUCAGUGCAUUGCCUCCAAUCAGUAUGGCUCUGCAUACUCCCAUAAGAUCAGACUGCAAUUGUACAGAGCUCCUGUGUGGCCGAGAGAGAUUGUGGAACCAGUGGUAAUAAGUGCUGGCUCCCCUUUGGUCCUGUCCUGUGACACCCCAACUGGGCCGCCUAAACCUGAAACCUACUGGAUGACAAGCUGCUCCUAUGCCAGACCAUUCAACUGGCCAAUUCAAACAGCCUUCCCUACCAUGCGCGCCGUACGGCAAGACCGUCGGGUGUCUAUGGGUCUCAACGGGGACCUGUAUUUUUCCAACGUUCUAUUCAACGACUCUGCCUCAGACUUCUGCUGUAGCGCCCGCUUUCCCUACAAGAAUGCCAUCCAGCAAAAGAUGCCAGUGGUCGUCAAGGUUCUCACAACUCGAGCGGUGGUGGAGGCUGCCCCCACCUGGUUGUCUCCCAUGGGCUCGUCCAGCUCUGUUCUGGUCCUUCUUGGGGAGGAACUGCUGCUGGAGUGCAUUGCUGCAGGAGUGCCCACUCCUCUUAUUACCUGGACAAAGGAUGGUUAUGACUUGCCGGUGAUCCAUCGAAUGAAAAUCAAAAACUUCAACAAGAUGGUUCAAAUCCCCAAGGCCACUUUUGAGGAUGCAGGCGAGUACAUGUGUACUGCAACCAAUAAGAUCAGCUACAUCCAGCACACCAUAACCGUCAUGGUUAAAGCGGCUCCGUUCUGGUUAGAAAAGCCUGAAAAUUUAGUUUUGGCUCCAGAGGAAAGUGGGAAUUUGGUGUGUCGUGCCGAUGGCGUUCCUCGUCCCACAAUCAGCUGGUUCAUCAAUGGAGAACCUAUUGAGGAUGCUACACCGCAAUCCAACAGACGGGUAUCAGGAGAUACGCUAACCCUCAGCAGUGUGGCCGCCAUCAACACAGCUGUCUACCAGUGCAAUGUCUCAAACCCGUAUGGCUACUUAUUGGCCAACGCUUUUGUCAACGUACUACAUGCAACACCCCGCAUUCUUGGGGUGAGGGAUGAACACAUCAAGGUCGUAGAGGGACGCCGCACCUUCUUAGACUGCCGGUACUUUGGCUCUCCGGUGCCUGACUUACGAUGGUCCAAAUACGGCCAGGGGAAUCUGGAGGGAAAUCGUUUCAAGGUGCACAGCAACGGCACCCUGGAGAUAAGGCGCACGCAGAUCGAGGAUCAGGGAACCUACAUAUGUGUGGUCAGCAACAUCGCAGGUCGAGAUGAGAGUCAAGUCCGAAUUGAGGUCAAAGAACCUACCUUUAUUAUGAAACGACCGCAGAAUAUGAAAGUCAUCCGUGGAAGUGAUGUCCGUUUGGAAUGUGACGUGAAAGCAGACGCCACAACUCCUGUCACAACCACCUGGAUGAAAGAUACAAACACAGUUACACUUGGCUGGAGAAUAUCCCUGGAUGAAUCGAAUUUGGUAAUCACCAACGUUAACAGAGGUGACGCCGGCAUUUACACGUGUGUCAUCAAGAGUGAACUUGACCAAAUAUCUGCAUCAGCACGCCUAAUGGUGAUGGAUUAUCCUGAUCCUCCAACUAAACUUGAGCUGUCGGAUCCUUACGAAAGAAGUGUAAGACUUAGUUGGGUGCCGGGAGACAGCAACUUCAGCCCCAUUACAGAAUAUCUGGUACAAUAUGACGAUGAUGACUGGUUACCUGGAAAGUGGAAGAACUUAUCAACAUACCCUGGAAGUCUGAACUCUGUCAUUUUGCAUCUUAUACCUUUCACGUACUAUGAGUUUCGAGUCAUCGCCAUCAAUGAAAUUGGUCCGAGUCGCCCAAGUCGUCCUUCGAUGCGCUUCCAGACCAGCGGUGCACCUCCAGAUGUCAUCCCAAAGAACGUAAAAGGUGUUGGAACAUGGAGAAACAACAUGGAGAUCAGCUGGGAGCCUCUUAGGUACAGAGAGUGGAAUGGGCCACACCUCAAGUAUCUAGUCUGGUGGCGAAGGAGAGACUCCAGAGAGGAGUGGAAGAAUGCCACCACUAAAUGGCUGAAAUAUUAUAUUUACGAUGCAGAUACAUUUACUCCUUAUGAGCUCAAAGUCCAGGCUGUGAACGACUUUGGUCUCGGCCCAGAGUCGCCCAUUGUCAUUGGGUACUCCGGAGAGGACCGUCCUGUUGGUGUACCCCAAAACUUGAGAGUGUCAGACAUUCAAAGCACACAGGUGACUGUGCACUGGGACCCAGUGGUUGAAAGCUCCAUCAUGGGACAACUGAAAGAAUACAAGAUUUACUACUGGAGGGACAGCAGCCAGCUAAGGUGGCUGCGCGUCAACAGAGCGAUGAUGUCCCAAGUGUUUGAAGACAUCGGUCCUGAGCCAUCAGGGGUCCUUACGGAGCUCACUCCCUACAGCAACUAUAAGAUGUACAUUGUGGUGGCUAACAGUCGAUAUGAAGGGCCGCCCAGCAACAAUGUACACUUUUCUACACCGGAAGGAGUUCCAUCUGCUCCGACAUCCUUCAGGAUCCAGCAGCGACACCUCGACACUAUUUAUGUGGACUGGGACCUGCCAGCAGAACCCAAUGGGAUUAUCACCGGGUAUUCCCUCAAGUACCAGACAGUGAAUGCCACUAGAGGAGAGGAACUGAAAGUAGAGGAGUUCCUUGCCAAUGUCACAAGUUUCUCGCUGCGUCGAUACGACCGUUACACUCGAUACCGAUUCUCUCUGGCUGCUCGAACUCGACUGGGUUUGGGGGAAUGGUAUACUGAAGAGUCGCCACACUACACCACUGAGAUCUACGCACAGGACCAAGUUGACAUAUCCACUAAAGGCUGGUUUAUUGGGAUCAUGUGUGCUGUGGCCCUCAUCGUGGUCAUGCUUCUCAUCGUGUGUUUCAUCAAAAGAAGUCGAGGAGGGAAAUACCCAGUGCGGGAAAAGAAAGAUAUUUCACUGGAACCCGUGGAUGACAUAGAUCAAGAAGGCUCCUUUGAUUAUCGGUCUCUUGAAAGGAUUACACGCGUCACCUCUUUGGCCUACCCACGGUGGGAGGAGGAAAGGGGUCUCCAGAGAGGCCCGCCUGCCAGAGAGUCUGUGAUGAAAAGGACCGAGAGCGACGACAGCCUAGUGGACUAUGGAGACAUAGGAGGAGACAUACCGUUCAAUGAGGACGGUUCCUUCAUUGGCCAGUACACUGCGCAAAGGAGAGACGUAAGGGACUUGGACUUUGGGGGGAGUCUGGAGCUUCAUUCUCCAAUGAACGCCAUCUACUCCCUGGCUUGA